CGCGUCAGCCUUGCACCGGAUCCGGGUAACGCAGACCGCCGUCGGACGAAAGUGCGCCACUCGCAUUCUGAGGGCUGCUCUAAGACGCCAUGAUUUCGCCAAAAUGUUCGGUUGACGAAAAACUCGCACCCGUGGUUUCUGUGUAAGAACAUUAUGUAGUAUUACACAUUUGUAGAUGAGCCAUCAGAAUGACAGUCGCGGUAUUGGAUAAAUAUCAUUUGGCUAUUAGUGCCAUUGUUGUCGUGGCUAUGCAACUUUAUUUUUUCACUAUUGCUGUAACAUUUCAGUAUGAUAAAGUGGCUGAUUUUGCUGGUGGUAUAAGUUUCAUUUUAGUGGCUUUGCUAACAUAUGGAUUAGCUCAGGUAAAAUAUGCUCAAACACAUGAUAAUCGACAAUUUAUGGUAACAUUAUUUGUAUGUAUUUGGGGUGCCCGAUUAAGUUCUUAUUUAUUUUAUCGAAUAAUAAAAAUUGGAAGAGAUGCAACAUUUCCAGACAGACGUAGUAAUAUGAUUCGCUUUGCUGUGUUUUGGACAUUUCAAGCUAUUUGGGUGCUUGUUGUUAGCUUGCCUAUUAUUGUUAUCAAUGCACCCCAUAAUUCCAUAAAAACUGGAGCACCAAAAACCAUGACAACUUUGGACACUGUUGGCUGUUGUGUGUUCAUUUUUGGCUUCAUUAUUGAAACUUUUGCUGAUUUACAAAAGUAUGCCUUUAGAAGUGAAGAGACAAAUAAAGGAAAAUGGUGCGAUGACGGUCUAUGGAGUAUGUCUAGACAUCCUAAUUAUUUUGGAGAAAUAGUAUUAUGGUGGGGUGUUUUUAUUGUGUCAUUAAAUGUGAUUGAAGGUCCAGAGUAUAUAGUUGUUAUAUCUCCAAUUUUCACAACAUUUAUUAUACUCUUUCUCUCUGGUAUUCCACACUUAGAACGUGUUUCAGAUCAUAGAUUCAGAAACAAUGCUCAUUAUCAGCUGUACAAACGAUCCACUUCUCCAUUAAUACCUAUACCGCCGUCUCUUUAUAUUGAAGUGCCUGGUUUUAUUAAAAUGCUCUGUUGUUGUGAACUACCUUUAUAUAACUGGAUGAGAGCACAUCCCUCAGAUCCGCCAGAAGCAGCCCCAGCUCCAAAAUCAUCCUAGCAAAAAAAGGGAGCGGGUGUAACUAUGGUUCAGAUUACAGAUCGCUCCCAAGAAGGUCCGGUGUACUCGACAGCCACCACGUACGUCUAAAAUAUGAAAAGACUAUACAUUUUUAUUUGAUAAAGAUAAUUAUUUUAAAAAUAAUGCAUUUAGGCAAUAUGAACAUCAUCAAAUAGGUAAUUAUUAAUAAGUCAAUGUAUAAUGCCUAUUUCUUUUCAUGUAUUGUUUAGUUAUAUAUAUUAUUAGAAUAAAACCAAUGGAUUCAUAAUGGAGAAACAAUGAAUUCGUUGAUUAAAUUACCGUUAAAAAAUGUUAUUUUUAUUCCAAACUAAUUUUGUUUUGUUAGUUACUUAACAGUUUUUUAUAUGUAAGUGCAUGUUUCAUUAUUAAUAAUGGUGUAAUAUAAUAUUAAUGUGAUACAACAGUUCUUCUUCUAAUAUAGUGUUAGCUUAUAAAGAUACUUAUUCUACCAAGUAAGUUUGAAAUAUGCACUCCAACAAUGUUUUAAGGCAAGCAACAAUAAUUUUAAAAAAAAUUUUUAUUAUAGUUUUACAUUAAAACACUAGAUUAGUUAAAUUACCCCCGUAGUUUAAUACAUUUUAAUGACAUGGAACACAUCUAAAGAUAAAUUCAAACUACAAUAUUGUUUUUAAAUAUUUUCAUAGACUUAAAUAAGUUAACUAUACUCUUCACCAUAACAUAUAUUAUAUACUUAAUGAUUGAUCAAUUUAUUCAACUAUUAAAAUCUAUUCUAGCUUACAUUUUAUUCUCAUAAUUUUAAAUUUUAACUCUCCUGUAUAUUUGAAAAAAUAAACAUGAAUCUUAAUCUGAAAUAAAAUAAAUAAUUACAUUCAUUUAAAAUUUUAAAUGGAUCAAUACCAUUUCGUUUUUAGAUUUGUAUUUAUUUUUAGUUAUUGUUUAGAUUAGCCUGACUAAAAAAUAAUAGGUUUCUAAGUAUAAAAUCAUAAAUACUUUCAAGAUUCCACAGUUUAUACUUACUAACUAGUAUAUAUGUUAUUUUAAUAUAACUCAGUAAAUAUCUACUUCUCAGUAGCCAGGUAUAUAGAAAAAAAAAUCAGUUGCAUAAGAGACCAUAAGGCAUAUGACAUAAGUAUUCAUAUUAAAUAUAACAUUAUAGUCUAAUUUAAAGGCUUUAAUUUUAUAAAUUACUUCAUGAAAGUCUACCAAAAUAUUUAUUAUUAAAUCUGACUGUUUAUCUUGCUUAGGUAAGAUAUUCACCCAAUAAGAAAAGUUUUUUAUUAUGUAUAGUUUCUUUAAAAAAAAAGGUAUGUUUUAACGUUCACUACGUUAGAGUUAAGUGGCCUUAAUCAUAAAUAAUAAACAUUUAUAUGAUUAUAUUUAUCACCACGCAGCACUUAAAUAUAUAUUUUACAAUUAACGAGUAUACAACUUAAUGUUAUGACUUUUGCUAUUGGACAAUUUUACAGGUUAAUCAUUUGGUUUAAAAUAAUUAUAGUCCUGUUAAUUGUUAAUAAGUUAACUCCUACUUAUUAUCAAGUUGCCCAUGUCAACAUUUCUAGACUAGGCCCUUACUUGCUUUUAAAAAUGAAAAACAGUCAUAUCUUAUUAUAACUCUAAAAAAUAUUGUUUUCUCACAAGUCAGAGUUAAUAAUUAUCAGUUAUACAUACAUAGGUAUCUCAUUUUACACUGGUUGGGUUUCUCGCAUAUGUACUCGUAAUUCAAAUUCUCUAAACUCAAAACAUUAAAGACAUUAUGUAUUGUUAUAAUAUUAAAACAAAUAAUAUAAUAUAUGUAUAUUACAGAUUAUAGUGGGAAUAACGUAAACUCGGGGCGACUGCUCGUACAAAUGUAAUAAGACAUAAUAAUUAAUCAUCAAAAAAUAUAUAAAACAAUGAGUUAAUUUGUAUUUUUUUUUUUCUGCAAUUUUGGAGUUGUUUUUGGUAACAAAUUGAAUCAAUUUGGUAUUUGGGGAGUCAAAAUUAUCAAAUUCCUAGAAACUUUUCAAAUAAAUCUGGAAAAACUAAAAAAAAUAAAAUAUUCUUAGAAUAUUGGAAACGGGCUCAAUGUCUCCACUCAGAAUCGUUUUACAUUAUAUGUGAUGGUUCAUCAUAUUCAUUGAAUUAAAAUUUAACACUUCUGCUACAGUAUACAGAGGCACUCAAUGACAAGAGUACAAUAGAAACUUACUAUACAGCAGAGUGACGACCAUAGUUUCUUAACUUUGAUUCAUACAUUAUAAUAAAUUAAUGUAUAUAAAGAAUGCUAGAGUUUGAAACAUUUAAUACUUAUACUUAAAUUUAGAUAAAUUUGUGGAAUAUGAUUGGUUGAUUUUCUUUGAGUCUCAUAUUUAUUAUUGUUUUAUUAAGAUUUGAUACUCGUAUACCUAAAUUUUAUUAUUUCAUUUUAAUUAUUCGCACAACUACACAUUAAUGAUUAAUAACAAUAUUUUUUUAUAAUAAUAUUAAUUUUUAGUACUCUUAAUGCUAUUUAUACUAUUGAACUCUUCUUUAAGAGGACGCCACACCCGCAUUUGUUGCAUCCGUGUGGUACGAGUGCAUAACAUAGUAAAAUUACACUCUGCAGAUCACGUUUAGCUCAGUUAGUUUAAAAAUAAGAGUGAAUUAACCUAUUAUGAAUCUUGAUAGACAUAUUAGAAUAUUAUCUGUGUUACUUUUUAUUAUUCAGUUUUUAAGUGAGUUAUGAGCAUUUUAAGUUUAGACUAUAUUCAAAACUCGCUAAAAAUUGAAUUAUUGUAAAAAACCAUCAUACGAACACUGAUAAUGUUAUUAUUAUCAAGUUUCUAAAUAGGUCGAUUCACUCUAGUUUUUAAAAUAACGGAGCUAAACUUGAUCUGCUUUUAAAUUUGCUAUGUUACGCAUUUGUAAGAAGGAGACAACACAUGCCGGGGUGGCGUCCUCUGAAUAAUGUUAUUAAUAAUUAUUUAUAAUUUUAGCUAACCUAUUUAAAGGCCUAAUUAAGUUGAAUUUGAAUUUUUUAAAUUAUUUUGUUGAAUUUUCAAAAUAUUAAUAUUUAAUCUAUUAUAAGUAUCUGCUAAAAAAUCUGCAAAAUGCAAAUAUGUGUACAUUUAGUAGUAUAUUUAUUUUAUAAUCUUAUUGGCCAAUCGAGUUAAUUUUGUAGGUAUUUACUAUAAAUAAUGUAAUAGUAUCAAUAAUUUCCAAAGAUUAUAAAUAGCUCAAAAUGAAUUGUUUAGCUAUAAUAAUUUAAUUAUGUUUGAAGAGUUGCAUAUAAUUUGUGAUAUUAGAAUUAUUUCUUGAUCUGUGAUUACUUGAAUAUUUCCUGUACAAUUAUUUUAGAUACUUUUGAGAGCUUUCAAUAGUAUAUAAUUUACCAUAUUAUAUUAUAAUAUAUUACAUACAUAAAUAAAUUAUAAUAAUUGUUUAGCCAAAUUUAUCAUAUAUUAUUUUAACUCCUUAUCUGGAGCAUCCCAAAAUAAGUCAAAUGAUUUUUAUGUGCAUUUUGUCUACAGGGAAUAUUGAUGAAUAUUGAUGAAUGGCGUUAAGAUUAAAUGAAUUAUUAAUAAACAUAAUUUUAUUUACUUUUUGUUUAAAUAGUAAAGUAAAACUUUUUUACUAAUAUUUGGCCUAUCCUACAAUUUAUGUAUAUUUUCAUUUAACUAUUUAAACUUAAAUUUUCUUAUGACACCAUAUGCAUAUAUUGCACCAUAUAUUUUCAUUAUAGUAAGAGUGUGCAAACUUUUUAAAUAAUAACUUUAUUUUCCUUUUCACUAUUUAGGAAAUAAAAAUAGUAACAAACUAAUUCUAAUACAUUUUGAGUCAUAUCUUAGUUAUAUUACUAUUUACUAGGUAUUAUACAUUUAAUGUAUUGAAAAAUAUAGUUUUAAUAUUAAUAAUAUUGAUAUAUCUUUAUCUAUUAUUGAUAACUGUUAUUGCCUAUUCAAUAUGCAAGUAUGUAUUAUGUUCUCAUAAUAUAAAAUAAUAGAUAUUAUAUUCAUUUGUUAUUUAUCUCUGUAAUAAUAGAAAAUAGUUGUGUAAUAUGUAAUUACUAAUUAUUAAUUUUUUCAUACUCUUGGUUGUAAACUAUGAUUGUAUAGUUAAAGAUUUAAAAAAUUGUUUUCUUAUAAAUAUUAUUUUAAUCUUAACUGUUAAAUUGAAUAUUGUUUGUAAUUUGUAUUAUUAUAGGUAUUUAAAAUAUUAUUUAAUUCUUAUUUUACAUUUCAUACUUUCAUGUUUACUGUACUAAUCAAACCAAAUUUGAAAAAACUCAAUAAAUUGAAAUAAAUGAAAAUAUGAAAUCA